UUUUUUUUUAUUCCUUUCUGUUGUUGUAUGACAGGAUUUUUGAGUUCUUUUAUUGAAAUAUCUGGCAAAGAACAGGCUUACAAUAAUCAUAUUAUUGUAAAGGAAACAUCAAACAUGGUUCAGAAACUAGAAGCUAUCAAUGGCGGUGGUGGAGGAUCAAUCAAGGUGGGAACAAAAGGGUCAAUCAGUUCACUGAUGACAAGGGAACUGAACUCCAUUAAAACACCAAAGCAAUCACCUGUAUCUUCUAGACACAAGUCUCUGGCCACAUCGGUUGCUGCUUCAUCGGUGAUUCCGAGACGAUCACAGCAGAGGAAAUCGUCGGAUGGAGUCGGCACCAGCGGCGGUCGCAACGGCAGUCAUAAAACCCCCCAGAGUUCUGUUCAGAAGACAGCUUUUCUAAAAACUUGCAUCAGAUGCCAAUGCUUGGCUCCGAAAAUGUUGCAUUAGAAAGAACUCCUAUCUGACAGAAAAGUGACAAGAAAGUGUCCAACAUUGUUGAAGUUGUGGACAUAAAAUGUGGGAAUUCGGAUCGAGCAUGGGCGAGUCCGAUAACGAAUCGUCUCAAGAAGCUCGGAUUCUCCAAGCUCUCCGAGAGCAUCAUUUAGGCUUGAAACUUCUUUGAAUCCGAUUUCAGGUUCCUAUAUCCGAAACCCGAAACCCCGACCGGCCUGUUUUCCGCCAUAGAACAAAUGCUUGCUACAAGCUUGCUGCCUCCUCCUUUCUUCUUCUUUUCAGCUGCCACAACUGGUCCAACAAUAGAUCUACGGACCCGGUCGAAGUACUCGAUCUCUUGCAGUACCAAGGAUCCCACAGUGCCUUUGGUACCUAUUUCAACAGGACGAUGUGCAGCCACUUCAACUGCAACAUUUUGGCCACUGCUUUUUGAUCUUUGCAUCCUUUGUUCUUGGUGUUCCACUGGUUGUUUGGUCUAUCAAAUGCUUUCGAUCUCUCUUUAUUUAAAGUGAACUACAUUGAACAUUUAAGCUCCUAACUAACUGUGCCUGUUCUCCUUUAACUACAUUACAUUGGUUU